CUUGUCUAUCGGCCCCUGCCUCCCAGCCUGUAGGGACGAGUUUGCGUCGGUUCCGACCCGGACCCGGGGGCUGUGGCGCUGACGUGGCUCCCGGAAGUGGGGCCGGCGCAGGCUCGCCAUGUUGUCCCAGGACAGUAACGAUGACACGGAGGAUGUUUCCCUUUUUGAUGCAGAGGAGGAGUCAACUAACAAACCAAGAAAAUCCAAAAUCAGACAUCCAGUGGCAUCAUUUUUCCAUUUGUUCUUUCGAGUCAGUGCAAUUGUAGUGUAUCUGCUCUGUGAAUUACUCAGCAGCAGCUUUAUUGCCUGUAUGGUGACAAUUAUCUUGUUGUUGUCAUGUGACUUUUGGGCAGUGAAGAAUGUCACAGGUAGAUUGAUGGUAGGCUUACGUUGGUGGAAUCAUAUUGAUGAAGAUGGAAAGAGCCAUUGGGUGUUUGAAUCCAGGAAGGCAUCCUCUGAGGAAGGUGAGGCCGUCUCGGAGGCUGAGUCCAGGAUGUUCUGGCUCGGGCUGAUUGCCUGUCCGCUGCUCUGGGUCAUCUUCGCCUUCAGCGCCCUCUUCUCCUUCAGGGUCAAGUGGUUGGCAGUGGUUAUAAUGGGCGUGGUGCUGCAAGGUGCCAACUUGUAUGGCUACAUCAGGUGUAAAGUGGGCAGCAGAAAGAAUCUAACCAACAUGGCAACCUCGUAUCUUGGAAGGCAGUUUUUGAGACAAAAUGCUGGAGGUGAUCAGACUACGUGAGCAGAAGAGUGGCAGGAAGAGCUUAUGUUCCUGUGACGUCGGGGAGCAACUGAAGAGAUUAAAUCCCGCCUGAACCUUUGAGCUCUCAGGCCGUGUUGCAAAGAGGAGUGUCGGGUUGGUUUCUCCACUUAAAACUUUAAGACCAGAAAGGUAGUUUUUGUCUUCAGCCUUUGCUUUCUUUCUAGCAGUCGGGGCUCGAUAGUGUUGCUUUCUGAUGCGUGUGUGUGUACGUGGUCCCAUAAUGCCAGUGUGUCCCGGGUUGCUGAAGGUGUUUGUCAUGGAAAUCUGUGCAUUUGGAUCCCUUCCAAACGGGUGGCUGUUUCAAAAGUCUGUGUGUUUACAUAUUCUUUCUAUAGAUUAUUUUCAGAAGUAAUUUUGAUUCCAUGAUAGGAGUGGGCACUUUGGCUUGUGUAAAAGCUAGACAAAACUGUUAGUUUUGAGUAUGCAUUUCAUGGUGAAUUUCCUUGUCUUAGAUGUACGUAAGCAAAUAUCAAAUUGGGCCCAGUGAUAUUUUAUUAGUUAACUAAUUAUUUUUUAUUUGGUGUAAGUCAUUUAAUUAAGGCCUGAUAAACACUAGUGGAAUCCUCAUGGUUUAUGUUUAAGGGGUACUCCCAGGUUGCUGCUGUUGUAUUUAUUGUCUGGAAGGGAUAGCCAGGGUUCACUCUGGAAUUUCCUGGAAGCUCUUCAGUGAGCUUAGAGCUAAUAAAAUCUGUCUUUUACCACA